CCACGCCGACUCUUUAAACCCCUCCUCAUACGCCGACUUCACCUCGUCCUGAAAAACCCUAAACCCUAAAAAAGUCCUGACACAACAGAAAACAAUCAAACAAACCAACCCCCUCUCUCUCUCUCUCUCUCUCUCUCUCUCUCUCUCUCUCUCUCUCUCUCUCUCUCUAUACCGAUCAUGAGCAUGAUGCUGGUGAGUCGAAGACACCUGGCGAAAUCCAUGGUUGGCGUCGCAGGAGGCACAAUACGUCUCUUCUCCAGCGCAACAACUACUGCUUGUAGUGUCACCGGAGCAGCAGCAGCAGCCAAACAGUCUACGAGGAUGGGUGUUCCUACGUGGACGAAGAGCGGCGCCGUUUACUGGGUUCAGAUGGAUUGUGGGGCCCGGAGUGCCGGCACCGUGGCGCUGGGUGGCAAGGCCGACUACGAGGAAGAGAAGAAACAGCAUGCAGCAGAUCAUGGCUCCAAGCCUUCCGUUGAUAACGGUUCUGGCAAUAAGGAUGAGAAAGGGAUCGCCAGUUAUUGGGGCGUGGGCCCCACCAAGCUUACCAAGGAAGAUGGCACCCAAUGGAAAUGGACUUGCUUUAGACCAUGGGAGACGUACAAAGCCGACGUCUCGAUAGAUCUGAAUAAGCAUCACGUGCCAACGACUUUCUUGGACAAAAUGGCUUACUGGACCGUCAAGUCUCUCCGAUGGCCUACUGACCUAUUCUUUCAGAGACGGUAUGGGUGCCGAGCAAUGAUGCUAGAAACUGUGGCAGCAGUGCCUGGGAUGGUAGGAGGGAUGCUGCUGCACUGCAAGUCCUUGAGGCGGUUCGAGCACAGCGGAGGGUGGAUCAAAGCCCUCCUGGAAGAAGCAGAGAACGAGCGAAUGCACCUCAUGACCUUCAUGGAAGUAGCCAAGCCCAAGUGGUACGAGCGUGCCUUAGUUGUCACAGUUCAAGGUGUCUUCUUCAAUGCUUACUUGUUGGGGUAUCUGCUCUCGCCUAAAUUCGCUCAUCGAAUGGUCGGGUACCUUGAGGAAGAAGCAAUCCACUCCUACACUGAGUUCCUCAAGGAGUUAGAUAAAGGGAACAUAGAGAAUGUGCCAGCUCCUGCCAUUGCUAUUGAUUAUUGGCAGCUCCCACCUAACUCUACGUUGAGAGAUGUUGUCACGGUUGUUAGGGCAGAUGAGGCACAUCAUCGAGAUGUCAAUCACUUUGCAUCGGACAUACACUAUCAUGGCCGCCAACUGAAAGAAUCUCCGGCCCCAAUUGGUUACCACUAGGGCUGGACAACCUGACCCAACCCGCACCGAUUGCCAGAAACCGCCUGACAACAAAUGAUCAUGAUACCUUCUAUUUAAAGUUUUGGGUCAAGUGAUACUAUUAGAGAUCAGAUGGGUAAUACUACUGCAGGUGCUAAAUAAACCUGCCCUUUGUCUACUAUCAACUUCAUUGUACACACUAUGGAAAUCGAUUUCUUGGUUUUGAUACUUUUUUUUUUUUUCCUUCUAAAAAGUACAGUUUUUACAAAAAUUUUCCACUUCUAAUCUACCAGGGUUUGAUUUGGGUUAGCUAUAUAUACAUGGCGACAGCCAAAUCCAAUUGCUUUGAGCCUUGGACAAGCAUGGCACAAGAGAAA